AACCUUUUUCUAUUGUAUUCAAACUAAUAAUUUAACCUUUUCAAAGGUGAUCUCCCAUUCCCAAAAACCCUUUUCUUGACCGAACCGGUCCCAUUUCACCCAUAAUAUCAAACCAACCCACCCCCUUUCCUAAACCGUGUAAUUUGUCACAACAUAUUCCAGCCGGCCACCAACCCUCCUCUCUCUCUCUCUCGUCCGGAAAAUAAUAAUAUCCAUUUUUACCCUUCAGCUUCAUCCCCAACCGUCGAUCUUCAAACCCUAACCCUAAUUUCUCGGCUAUGGCGGCCACCAUAGAAGGUCAAGACAGAGUUCUAGCAACAGCUCAACAGAUCGUCAAAAGUCUCAACAUCAACACACAAGCAACGGAAGAUAUGAUCCUGAUCUUAUCAAACUUCGACAAUCGGUUAUCUAACAUCACCGAUUUGAUCGAAUCCGGUGAAGAAAAUCAACAAAUCGUCGAUCAACAGUUUGAAAUCGCCGAGAAGGUGAUUCUCCGCCACGAUUCUGGAAGCUUCGGUGAAAGUUGUGCGGAUUCCGGUGAGUAUUUAGAUGCUGUUGAUACGAUUAUUAAUUUGACUGAAAGUUUGAAUAUUCGGUCUGAGUUGGAUAGUGAGGUUAUGGAUCGUGCUGAAAACGCGUUGCAGUUAGCGAUGUCGAAGCUUGAGGAUGAGUUUUUGCAUGUUUUGGUUCGGAAUACGGUUCCUCUUGAUGUUGAGAGGCUGUAUGGUUCGAUCCGUAAAGGUUCGGGAUCGUUUGUGGUUAGCGAGGUUAAUGAGGUUGAAUAUGGGGAGGAUUUUGAGAGUUAUAGGGAAGAUGAUGAUGGAGGAAGUAGUGCAUAUUAUCAUGAUAGAGGUGUGAGUUUAGGAGGUGAUGUUUAUGUCGAGUUGGUUUAUAGUGAUGCGAUUAAGGAGUUGAAAGCGAUUGCGGAUCGGAUGAUUCGGUCGGGAUAUGAGAAAGAGUGUUGUCAGGUGUAUAGUAAUGUGCGGCGUGAUGUGUUGGACGAGUGUUUGUCGAUUCUCGGGGUUGAGAAGUUGAGUAUUGAGGAAGUGCAGAAGAUUGAGUGGAAAAUACUGGAUGAGAAGAUGAAGAAGUGGAUACAGGCGGUUAAAGUUGUGGUUAAAGUUCUUUUGUUUGGGGAGAAACAGUUGUGUGAACAGGUUUUUAGCGAGUCUGAAUUGAUUAAAGAGAUUAGUUUUGUUGAGACUGCGAAAGGGUGUGUGAUGCAGCUUUUGAAUUUCGGGGAGGCGGUUGCCAUUGGGCAGAGAUCUUCGGAGAAAUUGUUUCGGAUUCUUGACAUGUAUGAUGUUGUUGCAGAUGUUUUACCGGAUUUUGAAAUGCUUUUUACUGAUGAGUCUGGUGAGUCGGUUUGCAAUGAAGUGAAGGUUGUUUUAAGCGGGUUGGGUGAAGCAGCGAUUGGGACGUUUGUCGAGUUCGAGAAUGCUGUGAAGGGGGAAAAUUCGAGAAGAGCUUUACAGGGUGGGGAGAUUCAUCCGGUAACACGUUAUGUUAUGAAUUAUAUUAAAUUACUGGUUGAUUAUAGCGAAACGUUGAACACCCUGUUGCCAAAUAGUCAAGACCAUGAUCUGAAUUCUGAAGUACCCGAUGAUAUCGACAGUGGUGAUACCUUAUCUCCUAUUUCAUGUCGGUUGCUAUCACUAAUUACUUCUUUAGAAGCGAACCUUGAAGAGAAAUCAAGACUGUAUGAUGAUAACUCUCUGCGAUACAUAUUCUUGAUGAACAACAUCCUUUACAUCGUUCAAAAGGUAAAAGAUUCCGAGCUUAGAAACCUUUUGGGUGAUCGGUGGAUUCGGAAACAUCGUGGGCAGAUUCGUCAAUGGCACACAAGUUAUCUUAGAUCAGCAUGGGGGAAAGCAUUGAUGUGUUUGAAGGAUGAAGGGAUUGGUGGGGGAUCAAGUAGUGCGUCCAAAUUAGUUCUUAAAGAAAGAUUCAAAAACUUUAAUGCGUGUUUUGAAGAAAUUUACAGGGUACAGUCUCUUUGGAGGGUCCCUGAUGCUCAACUUCGUGAAGAACUUCGAAUAUCAAUAUCUGAAAAAGUGCUUCCUGCUUAUCGCUCAUUUUUCGGGAGGUUCGGGAGUCAACUAGAGAGUGGAAGACAUGCUGGGAAGUACGUCAAAUAUACCCCUGAUGAUUUAGAGCAUUACUUGUCGGAUUUGUUCGAAGGGAAACCUACUGUUUUGAACAACGUAAAAAGAAAGGGUACAUAGAGUGCAAUCAUGCAAGAUCUUACCGGUUAGCAGGUUUGUGGAAGUCCGCCAUUGUAGAUGCUUCAAGUGUUUCGUCUUUUCUGCUGUUAGGAAGUUCUUUGCUGUGAUGGAUCUUGGUUAAAUAUCCGAUACCAAUACAUUACAAGUUAUAUUGCAAUCUUUUUUGUCCUGUAAAGGUUCUUGUUAGAACUUUAAACUACAAUGAAUCUGCUGAUGUUGGAACUUUGGAAGACGGUUAAAAACUUGUACUUCUGCUGACCAAAUUGAUGUUGGAAUUUAGGAAGACAGUUAAUAACUUGUACUAGAAUGCAAUUUACCUUGUCUUGGAGCAUAACAAGUACAAAGUAACAAAGGUUGAUCAGUUCAAACAUGACCGGGUUGUUUUUCUAAAGUCAACAAAACAAGUUUGUUGCAUCAUUUUCAAAUU